UUUGUAUUUCACACGCAUUUAUAGCACAACAUCAAACAACACAACAUACACACCCGUAUUUUUGUGCGCAAAUAUUUAAGUGAUGAUACUUUAAAAAUGUUUGUACACGGUCACAUCAUUGUCCUUUUUCCUGAUUUUGUGUGUUUUACUGGAUGUCAGGAUGUCAGGAGGAUCAGCAUCACUGCACUUUAGGUCUCUUCAUGAAGGCUUUCAUGGCAGCAUUAAGAACCUGACACAGGACUUUGUAGUCACUGAGAUAGAUUUACACGGGCAACUGGUGAACAGUCCAGAUGCUCCUGAAGAACCUAUAAAUAGGAUUAAUGAUGAUAUCAAAGAUGUUCCACCCAAAGACAGUAUCAGAGCAAAGCUCCUGACUGAGGAAACACAUUCCAAUGAAAUCACAAUUGAUGCUGUCUGCUUAAAUGAAGGUGAAGUUUUGGGCCAGGAGCGUUGUGACCUGAGUGUAAUUCUGAGCUCCUCUCCAAAUAAGUCCUUAGAACACUUUGCUAGCACCAUCCGAGGAUGUAGUGAGGUGCAGAAGAACCUGGAAAUGUCCCUUGGAGUCUUUCCAGACAAACACCAGCGAGCCGUCGUGCACAGUGCAGUGAAGUACACCUACCCCUUUCUCAUGACGGCCACCAACCACGAGGAGAUCCUGGUCAGAGAAGACCCAGACUUCAGAGAACUUUCAAAUUUAGUAUCUGUGGAGGAAGCAGAGGAUUUCUUUAGAUUUAAAGAUGCGAAAGAACCUGGCUCCACGUACACCUUUUCACCUGAUGACAUCAAGGAGCACCGGACCUCUGUUCACCAUUUUUUGAGCAGAAAGUUUGGAAAGCUUUUGGAGACAAAGAGCUUCAUGGAACAUGGCAGAACUGCAAUUACAGUGAGGCUAAGAGAGCGAGGCAGAAGGGCCAGGAAGAGGACGGCAGCAGAUCAGGAUGAGCAGGAGAUAUACACCGGUUUCACCCUAAGAAAAGACAAUCUUGAGACUUUGGAGGCCAUCAGCUACAUGGCAGCAGUGCUUGGAGUUCUUCCCUCUGACUUCUCCUAUGCUGGCAUCAAAGACAAACGAGCCAUAACCUACCAGUCAAUGGUGGUAAAGAAGAUUUCUCCAGAACGGUUGUUGGCGAAGGCCGAUAUGUUUGAGAGGAAAGGAUUACAGCUGUCUAAAAUCCAUCCAGUAUCUGAGCCCAUUCGGCUUGGAAGGCUAGCAGGCAACCGUUUUGAGCUCGUCAUCCGAGACCUGGAGCCUCACGCGGGCAGUUUUAGAGAUCUAGAAAGCCUUGUGAAAGAGGCAGUAGAGAAUGUAAAGUUCAUCCUGCAGACUCUGGGCUUUGUGAAUUAUUAUGGACCUCAGAGGUUUGGAAGUAGCCAGAAAGUUCAAGCGGACCAUGUGGGACUUGCGCUUCUGAAGGAGGACACGAAUGCAGCUCUAAGGUUGUUUCUGAGCCCUGAGGGAAAUGACCACGAAAAUAAAGCCAAGCAACAUUUCUAUCAGACAGGGAAUGCCAAAGAAAGCCUGGCUCUGAUGCCUCUCCAUAAGGCCAGAGAGAGGAUGAUGUUGCGGGCUCUUCACCGAUAUGGCACUGGCCCUGAGGGUGGCGUUCAGGCUUGGCUCAGCCUUCCACACAGCAUGAGGGUCUUUUACCUCCAUGCCUACUGCAGUCGUUUGUGGAAUGAAGCAGCAUGUUUUCGACUGCAGACUCUGGGACCCAGACCUGUACAGGGAGACCUGGUUGUAGUCGAUGCCUGCAGAGAAAGCCAGAAAGAAGAAACCCAUGCAUCACAGGUCCAUGUUGUGACCUCUGCAGAAGAGUUUGAGAGUGUGUUUUCACUAGAUCAGGUUGUCCUACCAAUGCCAGGCAACAGUGUGAAGUACCCGGAGAACACAGUCGGCUCAUGGUAUCGGGAAAGACUGGAACAGGACGGUCUCAGCUCAUGUAGAUUCAGAAUUUCCUCACUCAAGCUCAACGUCCCGGGUUGCUAUCGCCCUCUACUGUCUUACCCUCGUAAUGUCUCCUAUAGCCUACACACUAAUGAAGACACACAGGACACUGAGCAGAAACCUGAACACAGAACUCACCUGGCAAUGACUUUUAACUUGAAUGCGUCCUGCUACGCAACCGUCUGCCUCCAAGAAAUCAUGAAGUGUGACCCCUAGGAUGUCCACAAGACAAAAUGAACAAAUAUGUGUGGAUGAAAAGUAAAAAAUCCGCAUAGCGCCUGUAGAUAUGGAUUACUUUGAGAUCAUUUUGAGGAGAGGUCUGAUUUUUUUUUCAAAGAAUGAGAGUAAAACAGUGAAAUGUGGUGUCUUUGAUUUGUACAAUUGUAAUGUAAUUUGUGUAGGUAUGUUUUUCCAAUGUUAUAAAAUUCAUGAGAAUUAAAGAGUAAACAUUGCUAUA